AUUAUAAUUUUUACAAAACAUCUUAAAAAGUCGUAGUUAAACGAACAUUGCACUAAAGUAUUUAAAUAAAAAUUGUAUUUUAAAAAAUGAAAACAUUUUUAAUUUGCUGGGAGUAUGUCCAGUCAAAAUUCUGAUUUUAAUCUGUUUUUUUUUGACAACGGAAAAAAACUUGGAUUUAAAAAACGUUUACGAAAAAAAGAUCAUGUAAAUAUUGGAAAUAGUAAUUCUUUAAACAAAAGUUUCAAAAACAUUACUGCUUUAUCACAAUUUGAUAACUGGAAAAACACAUCAAAAGCUGAAUUUUUUUUUGAAGAGGCAAAACUUACAUUUCCUUCUCUUUUGGAAGAUAUAGCAGCAUACUUUUCUAUUGCAAAAAAAAAGAAAGUUAAUUUUCUACCUAACCAAGCUAAUCCUUUUCUUUUCAGUAAUGAAAACUCAAAAGGUUAUAUAAUAUAUUUGUCAGAUUUAAUAUUGGAUAUAUUAAAUUCAAAUUAUUCAGAUUUCGUCAAAGCUGUAAAGUAUCAGCAAAGGGAAUCAGAAAAUCUUAUGGAGAAAAAUGUUCCUCGGGAAACUGACUCUGGUGUUUAUUCUGUACCUCAAAGUGCAAUGAGUCAAAUUAAACCUGGUGUUAUCCAAAAAACAAAGAAUAAAACACUUUCAGCAGUCACAAAUUUAGAUACAAUAGAAAGUGGUGUAGCAUUAAUAACUGGUUUGGACAAAAACAUAGUUGAGACCUCAUUACAUAACAGUUCUUCCUUAGUUCGUGUAUUAUCAAGCAAUGAUAGUGGAGUGACAAGCAGUUUAGAUAUGGGAUCUUCUUUGUCAAAUAAAAGAGAACCUAAAACUCCAGCUCCAGUAUUAAGGAAAAGUUAUAAUGGAAGACAAAUUAACAAAAACAAUGAAAAAGUAAUAUUGAAUUCCAUGCAAAAGAUUUGCAUUAAGAAAGGAGAGACAAGGUUUGAAAAGAAUCAAAAUGACAUGAUGGAUGUUGUUAUUCCACCAUUAUCUCAAGAUUUAAUCAGUUUCUCCAUUGCUUCAAAAACAUGCCACGAAAAAGGAUGGAUAAUGCAAGAAUCAGAUGUUUUUAAUCUUGAACAACAAACUUUAAUUGCUUGGGCUCAUGCAAGAUUGACCAAAGCAAUAAAGCUCCGAGAGAUUCAAGAUGAAGCAGCGAUAAAAUUAGGAAAAAAAAAAUCCAUGUCUAAAUGUUAUUACAGUGACAAAUCUAACAAAAAAUCAAAUCAAGCAAAAUUAUCAAAUCCUAAAACAUUUUCUUAUGCAGGUUGCAAUGGUUCUCUCAUGCUUUUCUAUCCAUCUGGUCAACCUGCAAUUAUUACAAUACCAAGUUUAAGCGUAGAGGGAUGUUAUGCAUUAGUGUAUUCUGAUUUUUAUGGAAGAUUGUUGGCUAUUUUUACGCCUGAAAGUGAUGGGGCUUGUUAUUAUAAAAGUGGAAUGGUUCAGUUUCUUUCUACUCAAGAAUAUGGAUUAUGUCAAGAAGAGACUGGUGAUAUUAUUAGAAAGUGGAAUUGGAAGAGCUUAAGACUUCAACCCUCACUUUCUUUACAACUAAACAAAAAUCUAGUUUUUCGAUGCUCCCAAAAGCAAUCAAUGGUAGUUUUCUUUACUGCACAUGGUCAGAAUACUAAAGUGAGAGUUGGCUAUAAUGGCGAGACUCUAAUGGAUUCCACUGCAAAUAAACAACACUUUUCAUCAAUUGCUGUUCAGCUCUCAAAAUCAAUACCAUGCCAGAAAAGAUCUACAAGUUUUAAGGAAACAUUUGAGGAUGAUCAAACUUUAAAGAAUGAGGCAGAAUUCUUUAUACAUCUAAAAGUUUUAAAAAAGAAGUUCAAAUCAACUAUUUCUGAAUGGAUGAAUUAUUAUCGUGUUGCUACUGGUUACAACACUUUCUUACUUUCUCCCAAAGUAAAUUAUCGAGCAAACAAACGAUCUUCCAUUUUGGAACUAGCAACUAAAAUACCUUUUCAGCAGAGAGCACAAUCUGCUCCUAUGUUAUCCCAUAAAGGAAGAUCUUAUAAAGCAUUACCAGAAAAAAGUUGUCCAAAACAUUUUGUUGAAAUCAAUUCCAAUUCUCUUACAAAAUCUAUGAGUACUACUGCAACCUCUAAAGUCCAGUUUAAGUAUGGUGCUUUUCACCCCAUUGAAAAAUUGGUGUCGAAGCAAGUUUGUCCUGUUGCAUUAAAAACAGAAUUGAUGACUGGUAAACAGUUUUAUUGCAGAUGUGAUAAAAAACAUGUGCCUCUCAUAACCGAUAUGGAGUUUGACCUAUUUUUGAAUGAACUUCCAAAAACACAACUUCUUGUUGUAAGCUUGGUUGAAACAGGAAAGAAAAGUAGUUCUGCAGAUAUCUACAUGCAAAAACUCUAUCAACAGCUUAAUAAGAAUAGAACUUAUCCAUGUGUUCAAUCUAUCAAUGAUCCAUAUCGUUUAUUACGUUAUCCAAUUGACCGUUCUUUAAAUGAGGAACCUCCAUUACUUGUGAAACGCCACAACGUUUGCUGUGGAAUGUUUAUGAUGUAUCAAGGUGGUCAUCUUUUCUUUGCUGAUUAUAUAUUUAAUGGUUAUGGUCAAACAAAGAAGCAUUUUCUUAAACAAAUUAUACUCACCCGAGAGGAUGCUUUAAAAGGGAAUCACCUUCCUAAAGAUUUUCGAUUCGGAUCAAUCAUAACUUCUCCAAAAAAUAGCUUCAAUGAAUUUAAUAGGCUUAGCAAUAGCACUCGUGUAACAAUUUCACAAUGAUAUAAACUUAUGACUUA